UGGGAAUUGGAAUCUCGGAGACAAAGCGAUCUGACCGUGUAAACAUGAAUUGCAGUGUUCAAUGUUCUCUCGGCUUCUGCAUAAUUGCCCUAACUGGGAGACUGUAGUUGUGGUGACAUGCAUGACAGUCUUGUAAAGUGAAACAGUGUUCCGAGGCAGAGUAACGAAAUGGAGAGCUGUUCCUAUAUGUGUGCAGAAUGCUUGCAAGCUUUUGAUUCCGUUAAUGUCUUCACUAAGCAUGAGUGCCAGAUAAACACGAUAGAUAAACAAGAAUCCUCCUUUCCUUUGGCAGAAGAGCAAGUACUGAUUAAAAAUUCAUCUCAGACAUCCAACUUGGCAACUGCAGUUACAUACAUUGAAUUGACUGAUACAAGGAAAGAAGAGCAUCAGGAUCCUGUUUCCCAGAACUCUAUUCAAAGUGUACAAAAAAAGAUAGGAGAUGAAACAGGGUCAUCUUCUGGAUUGACAGACGUAAGAGAAUCCUCAUUUUCUAAGUCAUCAGAAGUGGAGUUAGAUGAGAAUGACCCUAGUAAGAAAAAUAUAAAGAAAAGAAAAAAAUAUGAAGCCAUGGAUGAAUCUUACCGUCUUAAUAGGACCAUGAGAGAUAAGGACUUCAAGCUUGCAAGGAGUAAUUUCUAUUCCUUCAAAGACACUCUUGGAGAUUGGGAUGAACGAUCUACUCAGCUACUUAUUCAGCUUAUUCACAAAUAUCCUCUGACAUAUUUCUUGUUGCCUGUAAAGAAUGAAAGAAGAAUGUGUCAUUGGGAAAAAUUGCAUAAAGAAAUGGAAACUGCUGGAUAUAAUUUUACUAUCCUUCAGCUUCGUAUGCGAUGGAGGGAGGUGCUUCAGAAGUAUCGAUGGACAGUGAAUUACAAUGACUUUCAUGAGAUCAAGAAACGAUGUGAAUACUUUGACGAAAUGAACGAGCUUUGUGGUGACUGGGACAAGGAAGCUACCCAAUGUUUACUCAGACAAAUGCAUCGUGUGAAGCAAGAGAAUCAAGGGAAAAAGAUUGUAAGGAUUGGCUACACUGGAUGGGAGAAAAUAACAGAAAAUUUGAACAUGGAAGGACAUAAGUACACAAUACAGAUGGUUGAGGCAAGAUGGCGUAACUUGGUAACGUUAUACAAGACCAUGGUUGACCACAAUAAUAUACCAAAUGUUGAGCCACAGACUGUGGCAUAUAAGGAAGAUCUUGAAGAACUAGUAAAGUAUGUCCCUCAACGACGAAAUAAUUAUGAAAAGAAGGUUGGAAGAUCAGUUAAAAUGGAAAGAUUCCCUUCAAGUGGAUGUCGUAUCCUUUUACAAGCUUACAAAGACUGCAUAAGUCUUUUUAUGAAUCCAGAUGUUGAUAACAAAAUUGUAUGGGAUGAGAUUACUCAGAAACUUGAAGAUGAAGGCUUCAGUUUUAUGACCUGUAAAUUAAAGGAGAUUCUCACGGGAAUGAUAAAGGGCUUUGAAAAAUGCCAGCACCACAACAGCCUGCCAGGAGCCAUUCGCAGGGAUGUGCCAUAUUACAGAGAACUGGCUGAGGUGUAUGGAGUGUAUGGGCGCUGGCCACACAUUCAAAUUUCAAGAACAAUGGAGAUGAGAACAAAAAGGAAAUAUCGUCUCAGACUACAGGUAAGCCAGCAACUCUGGCUGUUUGAAGAAUCACAAGCUCUUCUGCAAGUCUAUCCUGAUAUUCUAGAAGCAUAUGUUAACCAAUAUUCGAGUCAUCAGCCCAGUGAUCUUUGGCUCCAAGUAGCAAAGGCAUAUGCUGCCACUGGUCACCCAAAACGAGAUGUCCCAGAGAUUGCAGUUCAUGUUGCAUUGCUGCGACAAGGCUAUGCUCAAAAUAAUAAAUUUCCUUUCAUUGAAGAGAUGCGAAAAAUUAAAGAAACAGAAGAAGCUGUAUGUUACAGUCCUGAUGUUUCUAAGUACACUGGGGAGGCGGAGAUUACCUACUGGAGCCAUGAAGCUGUUAACCUUCUUUUGGACUUGUAUAUAAAGUAUCAGUCAUCAGCAACUUCUUCUCAUGCCAGUAGAAAUGAAGUUUUCUUGAAAAUCUAUGAUUCAAUGAAAGACAUUGGAUAUAAAUACACAAAAGAUGAAAUAUCGGAGCAGUUUAAGUUUCUUUUGACUCAAUACAACACUAGAAAGUCAAAUCCAUGGAUGCUCCCUCGUGUGGGACGUCAGAGCCACAAUCCUGCUGGCGGACCCUACGUAGUCAAGUUGCAGAAAAUCUCGGAGCUGAGAAGACAGAUGUCAUUAAGUUGGACCAAAGGAGUGAAACCACUUUUGCCUCAAGCUCAAAGGAUUUUGUUACAAGUAACUUGCCAGAAAGCUGAAGAACUUUUGAUAGAGUUGGCAACUGAAAGGGAAAAGAAGCUUUUACUUGGACAGAUAAUUGAUGGAGUUAUUGUUCACAUUAGAACACAUCAACUCAUAGAUCCAGUCCCUCACACACGUCAGGUUCGCCUGCACAUUGCUGAUGCCAUAAAGAACUUUGAUGUGACAAUUGAUGUGACAAAUGAGAACAAAGAUAUUGCACGCCUCUACAAGCUCUUCAAAGAUUUUGACAUGUUGGGACUAAUUUGUUAUCUAUCUCUUGAGCCUACAAAUUAUGAUUACAGAAUGGACUCUAAGAAGAAACUAUCUUUAACAAAUUCUGUACAAAAUGGAAAUUGUUCAGAAAUAAAGGAGGAUUCUUCUAAUAACAGCAACACUGGAUGGAUUUUGGAAGAAAAUGCAGUAAAAUGCCAAGACAAGACUGAUGAAGCCUUUACCCGAUGAGGUGUAUCUUCACUCACCGGCAUUGGUACUCGUUGGAUUGGCACCGUCCAGAGCAACCGAAGGGUUCAUCUGACCCAUCCCUGCAAUCUGCCAACCCGUCGCAGAAUUGGUACUGGGGGAUACACUGACUGCUGCGGCAAGUAAACUGAGUGUCAGGGUUGGGGCACACUGAAAACACACACAGGUACCGUCAGACACUGAGAACUGAGAUCCGCUGUUGAGUGGAUGUGUGCGGGAAAGGGAAAAGGAAAAAAAGAUGGGUGAAAAAAAGAACAAUAGGUAAGUAGGAGCCAAUUUCUUUCCAAUUUCAAAGCAGCAUUGCAGUUUGUACCACCGAAUAAUAGAGCCAGAAGGGACAUGAUUUUGUAUCAUGUAGACUACUAUUUUCAUAAAGACCAAUGUAUUUUGAUAAGAUUUCAUUACAGUUAUAAAUUUUACAUAAUUGUAUUCUUGAGAAUUCACACAUUACUUGAAAUCUUUUGUUUUCUACAAAACUGGCUGUCUACUUCCUACUUAAUGAGUGGUUCAAAGCAGGUAGAUGUUAGUAACAGGGAAAAUAAAAAUCAUUGCAAUAUCUGCAGUGCAAACUAACUUAUAAAUCCUCAUUCAUGUUGAAAAUUAGCUAAACAAAAGAAAAAAAAAGAAGAAGAAAGGCUACCAUGCAAGAGACAAAGCCUUACCUUCUUUUGCUGUAGCCAUGGUGAACCAUCAACAUCAACCCCAAGUCCAUGCAAAAAAUAAAAUAGGAAAAAAAUCGUGCAGUAUCACAGCAUGCAUGAGCAAUAGUUCAACAAACACUGUAAACUCAUGCAUAAACUCUUUCCAAAUUGUAAUUAUAAUGAUCUUGCAGUUAAUUUGAAAUGAAAUAUAAAUCAAAUUACACCAUCUAGUAGGGCUAGGGGAUUAGGAAUUGCUGUAGAUGUUGCAAUAGAAAGGUCAGGAGGCAUGUGGGAGGAUCAAGGGUUUAAGUCCGAGGGAAAGCGAUCUCUUAGUUCUCUGCAUCUGCAUUGGGUAUUCCUGAGUGUGAUUAUUCAUCUCUGCUUUUACAGAGUUGUCACAUAUGUAUAUUCUUUUUUUUGUCUGUGUAAAGCAUAUAUUCAUAAUUUUCUACAAACUAUCACCAUUUUACUUUUCAAAGGAAUAAACAGUAAAAGUGUUGGAGACCAUACAUAGGAACGCUGUUUUUCUGGUUUCUACAGUGCAUACGGAAAUGUGGUAUUUUUGACAGUAAAGUGAGGUGAGGCAGAAAUGCCGUGAUAUUUACGUAGCAGCAAGAGGAAUAGGUAAUACAUCAAAAUAGCUUUUGGAUGUAAGCAAGAACCAGGAUGAGUGUAGAGCCUAUUCAGGCAAAUAAUUUUUCAAAGAAAGUCAUCAUUGAUAGUUCUGUAACUUGGUUUGCAGGUAUCAAAUGAAGCUCUAAAGUGUGUAUACCUGUGCUUGUUCACAAACGCAGUGCAUAUUACUCAUUGUAAAGAUCAAUCUCCUGGAUGAGACUUACAGGUUGUGCAGUUGGCUUCAUCUGAACCAUCCCAACAAUCCAUUUUGCCAUCACAUUUUGAGGUUACAGGGAGGCAUGAAGUAUUGUUGCCACACUGGAACUUAUCUGGACCACAACCUGAAGGAGAAUGUAAUUAAUUGACUCAACUAUUCCUUUUGUGUAUUACUUCACUUAAAUAAAAGGAAAAUAUACGGCUGAAGGUACUUGCUGUUUAUUUCUGGUUGUGAUUUCUAGAUUAAAAUGUUUUCUUAUGAAACUUUAGAUACAGAGCCUAGAUGAAAUAUGAUAAGAUAUGAGUAUGUAAAACAGUGUACGAUGUAUGUAUGUUUGAAGAUCUUGGGUUAUGCUACUAUCCACAGUAGCCAUCACCAGAAGACUGGCUAUCAUAAAAUGUUAAAGAUGGCAGGUGGGGAUGGGCUGGAAAUGAAAGGAUUGACAUGAGGACAGAGUAUCCUUGUGUGACAUGAAAUAGAAAUGUGUGGUUUAGCAUGACACUUCUUUUUCUUAAAAAUUAACCAUAUUUUGGUGUUUCCAUGAUUUUAUUUAUCUAUUUUCUAAACAUGGUUAACCUUCUUUAGUCUGAAUACAUUCAUUGAUCAGUGCUUGUAGAAGGUUCUGAUGAUUAUAAAGUAUAAU